AAUCAAUAUGUCACCAAACCCCACUUCCCCCUUCCCCUCCUCCUCUUCUGUCAGUUUUCUUUCAUCCCAGCCCCAAAUCCGCUUUGCAAAAUUGCACCGCUUUCCUUAUCCAUCACCCCACUCUGCCAAAGUGCACCUCCACCCCAUCCUUAACUCAGACGCCCGACAUCCUUAGGAGACCAGAAAUAUUAGAUCAUGUCGAACCCAUCUUCUCCCUUGGAACCACGAUCGAACACAUCGCCUCCACCACCAUCAGAACCGCCGCUGGCUCUCCCCGCACCGCCAGCAUCCACAUCUACACCAUCGGCAACCACCACCGUCACACCCAACCCGAGGCGGCUCCCACCACCCUGUUGGUCACACGAUGAAACCAUUGCCCUAAUAGACGCGUAUCGCGACAUUUGGUACACGCUUCGUCGUGGGAACCUCAAGGCCACCCACUGGCAAGACGUGGCGGACACUGUGGCUCGACGCUGUCCCUUGGCGUCGCCUCCCAAAACUGCAGUCCAGUGCCGCCACAAGAUGGAGAAGCUCCGGAAGCGGUACCGAACGGAGAUCCAGCGGGCUAGAUCCAUGCCCGUUUCGAGAUUUUCUUCUUCUUGGGUCCACUUUAAGCGCAUGGAUGCUAUGGAAAAAGGGCCUAAUGUGAAACCCGAUUACAAUUCGAAUAGCCCAGAUGAAGGAAACGACGAAGACGACGAAGAUGACCAAGAUCAAGACUUUUAUGAAGAUGGGUAUAAGAACGGAAGCGUUAAUACGAGAAGCAUACAAAAGUUGUACCGAAAUGGGAUUGGAAACAGUGGUGGAACUGUCAGUGGCGGCGGCGGCGGGAGUAGCGGUGGGUUUAGGAUUAGGAUUCCCACUGGAGUUAGUAUAGCACAGCCAGGGCCAAGAUUUUAUGGAAAAAUGGAUGAAAAAUACGCUGCAAACGCUAACUCUAACGUGAAUCCUCACCCUAAUAAGGGUAAUUUUGGUGGGUCGGGUUAUGGGACUAGGGUUUUGAUGGGGUUUGAGGAUACACCAGGGAAAACAGAACCAUCAGGGAGGAGGGAGAGAGAUGCGGUUAAAGAGAUGGUGUCAGCCAUUAAAGCAUUGGGAGAUGGGUUUGUGAGGAUGGAGCAGAUGAAGAUGGAGAUGGCAAGGGAGAUAGAGUCGACAAGGAUGGACAUGGAGAUGAAGAGAACUGAGAUGAUAUUAGGGUCACAACAGAGGAUUAUAGAGGCUUUCGCGAAGGCAGUUUCUGAGAGGAACAAGAAACCUAAAAGAAUGCCCUCGCCGGAGCCUUGAGAUGGAUCAUUUGCAAUAGGCUAAACUGGAAGUGUUCAGCAUCAGAUUUCAAGGACUUUUCUACAUUCUUAAGAACCUUGAAGGAACAGGUCUUUCCAAGACAAAUAGGUUUAAUAAAAUCAAAAAAUUAUAUUUUAUAUUUUCGUAUCGACAUAAACUGUAAUACGUGAUUUUUGUAUAAAACAAAAUACAAAUUUAAUAUUUUACAUGACUUAGUGACGCAAAUUACCAGGUUUACUUUUCAUUUAGGGCCUUAAGCUUUGCCUCUUAGCUCUACUAAAAUGAAGGCAAUUGGAUAUGGAAGUUCAAAUUUUGAUUUUUAAGUUAGAAAUGCUUAAGCCAUACUUAACUUGGUCCAAUUAAAAAAAAAACUAUUGAUGAAGAUAAUCAACAAGGAGUCAAGAAAAUGAUUUUUAA